UCUUUGCUCCAUAGUCAAUAGAGAUUUUGAUGUCUUACCACUCGUACCAAUUUAUUCUCAAUAUCUUGUAAUACUUUAAUUUAUUUAAUUUUUACUUUUGAAAAAAAGAAAUAUUUUUAUCUAGAUCAAGUUAAAUUGUUUUAUGUACUUCACUUUUCUCUUAUCAUGCAGAACUUUAUACUGUUAUGCUAAACAUCAUCCCUUUGGACAAAGUGCAUCGAAGAAUAUUUUACAGAUUAUUGUGUUCACAAAAUAGUUAAACGCUUAUUCAUUAAGCAAGCAUGGACUUCAGUUCGCUCAAUCCAAAUACUUCCAACCCAUUGAACAUAGCUGCGAGGAAAAACGAUUUUCAAAAUGUGCACCGUCUGUUAAAGAAAGUGAAUCCCAAUUGUGUGGACAAUAGAGGAUGGACCUGUCUUCACGAAGCCGCGGCAAACGACAGCUACCAGAGCUUGGUGCUCAUCCUUAAGCACCCUGACUGCAGACCUUUAGCGGAGACACAUGAAGGACACACAGCUUUGUACUUAGCUUGUCGUCAUCACAGUUCUUUGCAAACUAUUAAAGCCUUACUAGACAGCGCUGAAGAUAUUGCCAACUAUGGCAGCACUGAGAGUGUUACCCCUCUCCAUGUAGCCAGUACUCAAGGAAGAGUGGAAGUUAUACAGCUAUUAAUAGACCAUGGAGCAAUGAUAGAUGUACAAGACUUUGAUGGAGAUACACCUUUGCAUGAUGCAGCUUUGGCAUUAAAGUUAAAGUCAGUCACUGCAUUAUUACAUGCUGGAGCUGACCCAGCUAUUAAAAAUGAGACUGGUUACACACCAUUUCAUUUAGCAUGCUUCAAAGGCGGAUUUGACAUAAUAAAAGCAAUGAUACCUUUUGUUGAUGACAUAAAUGAAGUUACAGCUAAUGGAGACACUCCUUUAAUAACAGCUUUCAAUGGGAACAAUGAAAGCAUUAUUCAGUUUCUGCUAGAUAAUGGCGCUGAUCCUCAUAUAAAGAAUAAUGAUGGUUUCUUAGCUUUAGAUGUGGCACUCAAUCAUGGCUGUGAUGAAAUAUUUAAUCUACUUUUGGGUGUAAUAAACAAGGAGGAGAUAAACAAAGAUUUUAUUUUGUUAGCAUGUAAGCCACACUACUACAAAUAUAAGAUAUUAGAGAGUCUACUGAAUCAUGAUUUGGGGCCAGAAUUCUUUGAUUUUUAUGAGGAGUUUGUUGUUACGCUGGAGUGUAUUGGUGACCUGCAACCUCAUUACCAGUCAAAUGCUCCGUUGAACUCUUACUUGAAUAUUUGUGAAUAUAUUUACAACAGUGCAUUUGAGGCUUUUAGACAAUUCUUUUACCUGUUCCUCAUGAAUGGUGUUGCAGUAAAUGCUUUGCGAAGGGACGAAUGCCCUCCACUAGUAUACAUACAUUACACUGGACAUGGCACUUGUUUUGAAGAGGUAUUCAAAAUACUCAUAGAGCACAACUGCAACGUAGACUACUCAAGCCUUUGUACAGACAGCGAGCAGCUAGUACUUCCAGAUGCCUUCAUUGCCUCGGUCACUUCUGAUCCCGCUACAACUCUUUUGAUGCUGCCGUACAGUUUGCACUGUGAACCUGAUCACUUACUGACUUUCACUCAUAGCUGCAGCUGGUUGAGCAGGAUUCCAGUUCAAGUACAAAAACAAUUACUUUUCUUCAUAGACAACAAUGCUGACAAUAUCAAAGCAGAGUGCCUGUCGCUGUACGUGCCGCCAUUAAAACACUUGUCUAGGUUAAAAGUUAGAAGUGUUUUAAGAAGUACUGGAAUAAACACAACGGAAAAGUUUCUACAAGCUUUAGAAAAAUUGCCAAUACCACCUUUAUUGAAACACUAUUUAAGAUACCUUUGAUAUCAUCCUCAGCUACACUAAGAUCUCAAAUACUAGACUAUUUUUAAAUAAAACACAUAUUGCACAAAUAAAUAAUUUAUCAAAAAGUUAUAUUGAAUGAUUGGCGUACAAAAUUACAACAUAAUUCUAAAAAAAAGAAUAUUUAAGACAUAAUUCGCUUAUAUAGAUAUAUCUACAUAAUUACAAUAUCAUACAAUGUGUGAAGUAUACAUGCUUGCUUCACUUGAAGUUUGCACCAUUCGCCAUGAAGUCUUCUAUUUCAGCCACACUGUGAUAAAAAAAAUGGUCAGUAAAUCAUAAGAAUGCAAA